ACCAUCACUGCCGCUGACCAUCAUUGUUCAUGACUUGGACGGGAGAAGCAGAGCAAAAAUCCCAGAGUCAGCCCCAGCUGGGGUGGGAGGCCUUGAACCAUGAAGAAGCCAAGUUCAGCAGAUCUUGGCCAGGUGGCAGCAGGACGCCAGGAGAGCUGGUCGGGAAGGCAGGGCGGAGGAAGCCCCAUCGCACAGACCCCGCAGAGGACAACUGUGAGCUGACGAGAAGAUCCCAGCCCGACUUGCUGAACGGACCUCCGUUGCAGUAGCUCGUGGGAAUCCCCCGUCCGUCCGUCCGUCCUUCAUGCGACGGUGCUGGAGUAGCGAAAAGGCCCAGCACAGGAGAAAGAAUGACAGGCGAGGGCUGGCUUUGGACAGGGCUGGCCGUGGUCCUGGCCGCGACCAGCACCGAGAGCGUCUCCAGCCGGGGGUGUGGAGGGUGCUCCGUGGUGGUGAGAAGCCACACCGUGUCCCACCUCACCUCCCGUGUCCAGCCAGUCUACCAGCCCUACCUCACCUUGUGUCCUGGAAACAGACUCUGCAGUACGUACAGAACUACCUAUAAAGUCAGCCAUCGCCAGGAGUAUCGGAAGAUUUCCCGGCCGGAAUACGUUUGCCGCCCUGCGUGGAAGGGGGGAAGCGCCUUCCCUGGGCUUGGAUGUCCCACAGCUGUUUGCCGCCCACCGUGCCAGCCCAGUGGGAGAUGUUUGCUCCCGAACGAGUGCACCUGCCCUUCUGGAUGGACUGGAAGGUGUUGCCAGACAGACGUGGACGAGUGCGCGUCUGGGAGACAUGGGUGCAGCCAGCUUUGCGUCAACCUGGCCGGGAGUUACCGCUGCGCUUGCCAUCCAGGGUACGAGCUCCGCACGGAUGGAAGGGCCUGCCGGGCUCUGGAGGCGCCCCCCAGCCCUGCUCCCCCAGGAGGAAGUGACAACCUCGCAGUUCAGGAUGAAGUAAGAGAUCUGAGAAGCAGAUUGGCAGCUCUGGAAGAAAAGUUUCAGCUCGCUUUGGCGCCGUUCCUCAAGCUGCCGGGCACCGGAGAGGACGCCGGGGCAGAACCCGUUCACCUGUUUGUCCACGUGAUGCAGCAGUUGGACCGAAUAGACUCGCUCAGCGAGCAGAUCUCUUUCCUGGAGGAACAGCUGGAGACCUGUUCCUGCAAGAACCAGCUUUAAGGAUGAAGAAGGAGGAUGGAAGUCCUUGGUGUCCCCUCGUCCCACUGUUUUUCUGGUGUGUCUCUCCGUUGAGUAGCAACUGAGCCCUGUUCUAGCAACAAAGUCAAGCAAAGGCGGCGGGGGAUUAAGGGGCUGGAAAUACCACUUUGUCGGCGAGCCGCCCUCCCGUUGGCCGUCUUCCAGGAUGUCACCGUGCCGAACCCUGCUGGCCAGGGGCUCUGGGAGGGAGACAGGCCACCUCAUAGCAAAACUUCCCUUGAAAUAGGAAGCAUCUUGCUGCUGAGCGAACAAUUUCUAAUAAUACUGGGGCGGUGGGCAGGUCUCGCUUCCCCCAUGUGGUACAAGAGCAGCUGUUUGGAAAAAAGUCCCACUUUGGGCAAAGCUCAGAAGCUGUUCUUUUCCAGGCUGUCACCCAAAUAGCUUGGCAAGGCAGGGACAGGGUUAUUUCUGCGGGGAGGGUGGCUCUAGACCAGCCCCCAUGUAAAUGCACCAUGAGCGUCCUGCUUGCUAAGUUUUCCCACUGUAGAAAAAGCCCCACAGCGUUUUCCAUGUCCUUAGCUGCUAAGAAAGGGAAAAUCUCUACCUUUUCUCCUGUGUCCCUUCUUUACUAGAAUCAGUAAAGCGGGUUGGGAUUCACUAGCAGGUACUUCGCCUUCCAAAACAGCUGAUGUAUUUUAUCAACCAGUAUUGUGGGAACCCAACACUGCCCGUGUUCUGCCUUAUGUGCUUGUCUUGGGCAUAGCGUGCUCUCUGAACACAACUGCGUGUUCAGUCCUGGUUUAACAUGUGAACCCAGCUGUGCUGUCUACAUGUCUGCAAAUAAAAAUCCAGCUCAACCAGUGGGGCUGUUGCGAGAGGAUUCAGCUGAGAUGCUCGCGUGCUUCACAGAAGAAAAACUUGCCGACUUUUGGGGCAGGCUGUCAGCCAGACCAGCUUUCUAAGAGGCUCCUGUUGUUAAAAAAGGUGUAUGGGGCCUGGAGAGGGGCUCAGCUUUCAGAAAACAGCUGCACUUGGACAGAGGUGUUGACCGCUACACUGUUAAAUGUUGAGGGCUGUCAACAUGGCAGAUCCAUGCAUCAUGCAAUAAGCUGGUUCCAGAAUUGGAUAAUAACUCGGCUGCUUGAGCAAACGUGACUGGCACCUUGUGAAAUUUGGUCCUGUGGGCUCCCUGGAGUGGCACAGAAGCUCCAGCCCUUGGGAAAUUCUUCUUGGGGCCCGUUGCAGCAUUAACUUGUCUUCAGGGGCAGUUCUGGCAUAGCACAUUGGUGAGAAAAGGAGGCCAGGAUGAAACGCUCGCGGUCUCUGUCUUGCCCCCAGCCCAGUCAGCCCACAUCAACAGGUGAACUCAAUGGCUGACGACAAUCACAGUGGUGUCACGGGGGGACUGUUGCUGGGCAUCCUCCCAGAACCCAUCUUGCACAGCUAGACAAAGACCGUGGGCUCUGAUGGGACUGCCAGAGUUAGCAGACGUGUCGGUCUGUUCUGUGAUUGCAGAGUCCUGCCUGCCAUCCCUUCCAAGAGAUCCUUCUGUUCUCUGUUGCAUUUCCUCCAGGUCAGGAAAGGUGAGGUGCCAGGAACCUCUUCCUUACUGAAGAGGCUUUGCCCUGACCUGCAGCUGUUCCUUUAUGCCAACUUGCAAACUAGGAAGAGACUUCGUUAAAGUUGCCUCUGCCCCAUGGAUCGCUGACUUAAUUCUCUUUGAAAUUACUAAUGCUUGUAUGAAUUUCACUCUUAUUGCAUGAACUGGAGACCCAGGAUUCACCUGUAGUAAUACGUUGAGACAGCCAGCCAGUGGAGAUUCCCACCUCUGCUUUGCCAGAAUGGCUGCAGCCUCGUUAGCCCCUAGUUAGAUCUGCCUGUCUCCUUAGCUGGAACACUUUUCAUCGUGGCUUUGUAUCCCUCAACCUGAAAAGAGCAGGGGGGUUAAAAAAGUCAAGAUGGCAACAAGAGCCUUGCCUCUUCCACCUGUGUCUGACGCACAGAAGGGGGAUGGGACUCUGCAAGAUUGGAGCCACCACCUUGACUUUUUUUUGCCUCCCCUCCCUCCCUCGGACACCUCCAGCAGGCCUGUCUCCAUGCUAGGAAGCUUCCAGCUUAUGUAUUUUUAAAAACUUUUGUUUGUAGGGUUAACAUAACCAGCUGUUGAAUUUGUGCACGUCUUCCCAUACGUCUGGUGACACCUAGCAGACCGGGGCACCGUGUAGCUGAGUGGGUUUGGGUUCAACAUCCCCCUCUUGGCAUGUGAUGGACUCUGGGAUGCCCUGAAUGUUUUCACCCUUACGUGGAGAUGAUGUUGCCUGUGGCGUAGGUACCUUUCCCUUUAAUAGAAACGUCAGAGGUGUUCUCCACAGGCUGUCGCUUGCAAGCAUUCCCGUGCAAAUGGGUUUAUGCCCCGGGUGGGGCAUCAUUUCACGUGAAGCAGUUGUGCCAGCAAACAUCUGCCAGUUCACUGGUCGGGAUUGGGUUAUCAAGCUGCAGAAACUCCAAUUCAUGGCGCCGUCCCCAGCGGGCAAUUACCCAAACCCCGUGGUACUUCAGUGCUGCAGAGUAGCUCUCAUCGUCAAAGAAGUUAGACGGCUUAGCCAGGUACGUCUGUGGCAAGGACUCCACGAGUGCCCUGCGUGGACCAGGUACUAGCAGCUAGAGAAGUUUGCAGCUACUGGAUAAAAUUGACUCGGCCUUUGCUAAGGUACGAGAGGCAGGAAGAUGGGUGAGCCCAAUUCCUUUUAACAAGAUUUUUUGCAACAGUGGAAAUGUUUUCCUUUUUCCCCCCUUGUCUUUGGAGCAUGUUUUUCUGGCCAUGCGCUUAUGUAUACGGUGCUUCCCUGCACAUAUCGAGCAAUGUAGUCUGACAGUUAUCGUGGGAGUCGUUGAAAUACUGUACUUUGAAGAGCACAACGGGGGAGUUGUGGGAGCGAUUUGUGAAUGGACCAGAGCCAUUUUGUAUGCAAAAAAAGCUAUUUUAACCUGCAUGUAACCUCUCUAGGAAAUUAAUGGAUGCCUGGGAACUUUUGACCUCCCUUUUUAUAUCUAAGCAAGGACGUGGCGGCCGUUGGAUGUCAGAUGGAAGCAAAAGGAAGUGAUUAGGAGUGGUAGGAAUGAGGCUGAACGCUGAUAAGGAAGGAAACAGCUAGCAUAAAAGAAUGUUCGGGGUUUGCUGAGUCUGCAAAAGUUUGAAUUGAUCAGAUAUAAAUACUGCUGGGGCACCUGGUGUGUUCCUGUCCCCUGCUUGCCACUGCUUUCCAGUAAAAACGUCUCUUUGCUAAGA